UUAACAAAAACAUAAUAAAAAGGAAAAAAACCUGAGGCAGUCAUGGAUUACGAAGGUGGAUUUCAUGAGGUCGAAACCGAUGGUAAAAUAUUGCUGGUAUACCACCACCCGAAGUACCGCCCUAUACCUCAAAUAAAAAACACAUCCUCACCUGAUGAAGCAGCCAACCAAGAUCACCCUCCUCUGCCCCUUUUCUUAUGCCCUGUGGCACGAGGACGAAAAGACUACCAUUCAACAACUGGAAAUUUUGUGUUCACUUCUUCUCCCGAGUAUGUCAUCUCUACAACAAGGGUUGAUAAUCGUGAUCAUCAUCAUGUACUUCCUUUGUUUUGGUGCAACAACGAGAAGUUUGGUAAGGAUGAUGGAUGCCUUAUAUGUAAUUUAAACUUCGGUACAGAUUAUUAUUUUUGUGGUAACUGUGAUACAAAUUUCCAUAAAGAAUGUGUAGAGGCUCCACUAAAAAUUAAACACCCUUACUAUCCUCGUCAUUCUCUCGAACUCUGCUGGCAUGAUGGUAGCGAUUUUGAUCACUGUUCAUGUUGUGGAAGAAGAAUGGGCGGUUUGAUAUAUCAUUGUACCGUCUAUCAAACUUACAUGCAUCCAAUAUGUGCAAUGAAGUCGAUACCUGUUAUAAUAGACCAACAAAAAAUCCAUGUCCAUCCCCUUACCUUUUUCCCUAGACAAAAUUCUUUAAUCUGCAACGUUUGUGGUUUGAUAGAAAUAAAAUAUGCCACAUAUGUCUGUCUCAGAUGCAACUUUGUAGCUCACAUAGAUUGUAUGUAUUCCCCUCACACCAUCAAGAUAUCACGUCACCACCAUCGUAUCUCCUAUGUAUCUUCUCUUCGGUAUGGAAAGUGUCAUUGUGGAGUGUGUCGUCAAAGUAUUGAUGGUGAUUAUGGUGCAUAUACUUGUAACAAGUGUGGUGACUACUAUGCUGUUCACUCAAGAUGUGCUCUAGGAAAAGAUGUUUGGGAUGGAGAGGAACUGGAAGGUAUACCAGAAAAAGAUGAUGAUAUAACACAAGAUGCACCACCCUUCUGGGAGAUAUCCAAAGGGGUGAUACAUUAUUUUCUUCAUGACCACCAUCACCUCCGACUCGAGGAAAACAUACUCUAUGAUGAAAACAAGCUUUGCCAAGCGUGUGUCAUGCCUGUCUUUGAAGAGGAAAUAUAUUCAUGUACGGAAUGUGACUUCAUCCUCCAUGAAACAUGCCUAAAAGCGGGUCGCAGAAUUCAACAUGCAUUACAUCCUCAUCUACUUAUAUUAAAGGCUAUCAACAACGGUUCCGGUGAAUUUCAGUGUUAUGCUUGCCGCCGCAGUUGUGGUGGCUUUGUUUAUCAGUGUCCAACAGAGGAAUGCAAAUUCAUGCUAGAUGUGAGGUGUGCUUCCAUUUCAGAGCCUUUUGAUUACCAAGGUCAUGAGCAUCCACUGUUCCUAUCUUUAGACCCUGAAAAACUGGUACGGUGUGAGGUGUGCAAAUAUAGUCGUAGGAAACUGUUAAGUUGCAUCAAAUGCGAUUUCAUUGUGUGUAUCGAAUGUGCCACCUUACCAUACAAAACAAGGUAUAAGAACGACAAACAUUUUCUCACACUUUCAUGGCGGGGGGGAGAAGAGAGGUGUGAGAAUUGGUGCGAAGAGUGCGAAGAUGUAGUCGGAAGAAACUUAUUCUAUUGGUGCAAUGAUUGCUGCACCAUCCUUCAUACUGCCUGCUUAUUCAGCAAUGAUCCAUAUAUGAAACCUGGUCAAUGUUUCGAAAUCAAGGGUAAGGAGGUUAAGAUUCUUGCCAAAAGUAAUACUUCUAGGCCAACUUGCUAUCAUUGUAGGAAGCCUUGUCAAGGCAAAAUAUUUACAACUGAUAACUGCACAGCGUGUUCGAGGACUUGUGCUUUCUUUAUUAUAUUGUUGAGUAACAGUUAGUAUAACUUUCGGCAUUAAUUGUUGUUGUAUCUGUUGGAACUCGUUUUUGACUAAAUGGUUUAAGACCAUUUUCCGGUAUGUUUCUGGACGAAGACGUUCGUCGGAAUAACCGAAUGUUUGACACUAUGAAGUAGUGUACUCGUAUGUCAAAAUCAGAGUUGGUUUUGAAUGAGAAAUGGAAGUCCA